GCGAAGAGCGGCAUAGUCGAAUUUGAAAUUGCAACAAAGUAAAAAGCGUUAAACAAGCGCAAGCACAAACUCAAACACAUAUUUACAUAGUCAAGAGCUAUCUUUAUCGCAAGCGAAUACUCUUUGAAAGUGAAAGCAGUAUUAUCUAUUUGUAUAUUCGAAGACAACUGAAAAAGAAUUUAAUAAAAAGUUCAAAAUGGCAAACCUACCGUUGAUCUUGAGCUUGGCAGAUGACUUGAGCCGCCUGUCACCAUUAUACGAACCAGUGUUCUACACUCGUUGGCCCGCCAUAACAACCACACCCAGCGGACGUCUGAGGAAAUUCGAGAAAGAUUUCCCCAUAGCCUCGGUUGGUAAGGAUGGCUUCCAAGCCAGUAUGGAUGUACAGCAGUUCAAGCCCAGUGAGCUCAGUGUGAGAGUAGUCGACGAUCAUAUAGUAGUUGAGGGCAAGCACGAGGAGCGUGAAGAUGAUCAUGGUUAUAUUUCACGACACUUUGUUCGUCGCUACGCACUGCCCAAAGGAUUUGAAGCUGAUAAAGUAGUUUCCACUCUGUCAUCGGAUGGUGUUCUCACAGUUAGUGUACCAAAACCAGCCAUCGAGGAUAAGUCAAAUGAAAGAGUGGUCCAAAUCCAACAAACGGGCCCAGCACACUUGAACGUGAAGGAGAAUCCUAAAGAUGCUGCUAAUGAAGAGAAACCAAAGGCAUAAAAAUGGUGUUCUGCAGACUAAUUGUCCUUACUUCAUUCUAAACGUAAUAUAAAUAAUUCAUUUGAUCUGUUUUAAGUUGUUCCAUUGUUUAUAAGAGAAGAAAAGUCUGCUUGUAAGUUAAGCUUUUAUUGCAAUGACUUUAUCCAAAUAAAAAAAAUAAAAAUAAAAAAAAUAAAAAUGUCGACAAAUUAUUUCAGCGUUUCUGUUUAUAUAAUAAAGGUAGUUUCAAAACAAA